AUGAAAGAUUAUUUUAAAAAACAAAACCCAUCUUCUUUUUCAUUUUUGAAUUUUUUAUGUUUUAAAUUGUUAUAUGAGAACGAGAGCGUGAAUUGGAAAUCGAAGAAAAAAGAGUUCAAGUUGUAUUGUCGAGAUUUAAAUUACCUUCGGGACCAAGUUGUAAAUGAAGAUUUAAGAGAAAAAUGGAGUGAACUCAUUGAAUCCCAGGUAUGGCAUCUCUUUUGGGAUCCUAGUACGGCUUGCUUUGCUCGUGAUCCCGAGGGGAUCCUAGUACGGCUUGCUUUGCUUGUGGUCCCAGGUACGGCGUGCUUUGCUCGUGAUCCCGAGGGGAUCCUAGAAGAGAAAGACUCUCAAGAAGUUCAGACGUUAUGGAAGGGUGUGAUGAGCAAUACCGGCGGAAUAACCUUUUACUACUUCAUGGAUGAUCUCAAAAAAGAUUGGAACAUAAUAUGGAAACUGUCUUAG